AGCUUUUCUGUCCCGGGAACCAUAAACGCAGCACGCGGCGUGCGCAGGUCCGUGCCUAAUCGCGUGUCGUGGCUUUUCGUGAUCCCCAGAUCAUGCUGUCAUCUGUGGGUGGAGGCAGCCCGCAGCGCACCGUCCCGCUCCGAGGCUGAGUCCGCAGCAGGCAGCGGCGCCAGCAUGGACCUGCAGGCGCUCAUCGCGCACAUGGAGACGGGGGAGCAGGACGCGGUCCUGGCGGCGCUGUUGGGCUUCAACAGGGAGAUGAGCCAGUGCUUUACAUUUAGCAGAGCAGAGGAGCAGGACAGAGAGCAUCUGGGCGAGCUGCUGGUUGGUUUUCUUAACAGGGAUCUGCAGCCUUCCUGUCUGCUGGCCUGUUUAGAAACAGUUCGCAUUUUGUCCAGAGACAAACGUUGUGUGGAUCCUUUCAUCAGCCGCUCAGCCAUGUCCACUCUAGCCAGGUAUGCUGGCAUAGCCACGGCUCAGACUGCUGCCGACAGCCAGCCAGGAGAGGGCAAACUAGAGGAUAAAGGGGGAGAUGAGGAAGGGGAAGCAGAUACGCUCAGAGCUGCAGAGAAGGAAGCCUCUCCUCCUGCAGAGAACCCUGAUCUGGAGGUGAUUGUCGAGGCUCUCAAGUCCAUCUGUAACAUCCUGCUUCACAACGAGACUGGACAGGCGGUGGCGGCAGAACUGCAGCUCAUGAAAGGUGUGGCAGAGAGACUGAAACACUGUCGUGAUCCCACGUGGAGCUUUGAGGUGCGUUUCUUUGACUUGCGCCUUUGCUUCCUGCUGACCGCGCUCAGGGUGGACGUGAGGGCACAGCUGGCUCAGGAGCUUCACGGCAUCAGUCUUUUGGGUAACCAGCUGGAUGCUGCACUGGGUCUAUGUUGGCCUGAUCCUCUGGAGACAGCCAGGGUGGGGCUGGUAGGGGUCCCUCUCGAGGAGAUGCCUCCUCUGAGCAGACAGCAGACAGAGCUAGCCAUGGAGAUACUGAAAAUCCUCUUCAACGUCACAUUUGACACAAACAGACGCAAAGUGGAUGAGGAAGAAGCAGCGGAAUACAGACACUUGGGGGCCAUACUGAGACACUGUUUGAUGAGUCAAGCAGAUGGAGAGGAGCGCACCGAGGAGUUUCACAGUCACACAGUCAACUUGCUCGGUAAUCUCCCCCUGCCUUGUCUGGAUGUACUGUUGAUGCCAAAGGUGCAGCAGGGCUCCAUUGAGUACAUGGGGGUCAACAUGGAUGCUGUAAAAGUGCUUCUAGACUUCAUGGAGAAAAGACUUGACCGGGGCCACAAGCUGAAGGAGACUCUCCUCCCGUCUCUAAACCUGCUGACCGAGAGCGCCCGCAUCCACCGCGAGACCAGGAAGUUCCUGCGCUCCAAGGUGCUGCCCCCCCUCCGCGAUGUCAAAAACCGUCCAGAAGUGGGAAACACUCUGAGGAACAAAAUCGUCCGCCUCAUGACGCACAUCGACACCGACGUGAAAGACUGCGCUGCUGAGUUCCUCUUUGUCCUCUGCAAGGAGAGCGUUUCAAGGUUCAUCAAGUACACGGGAUACGGGAAUGCUGCCGGCCUGCUGGCUGCCAGAGGACUGCUGAGAGGAGGCAGAGACUCCGGCAUCUACUCUGAAGAUGAAGACUCUGAGACGGAGGAGUACAGAGAGGCCAAGGCCCACAUAAACCCCAUCACAGGAGUUGUGGAGGAGGAGCAGCCCAAUCCCAUGGAGGGAAUGUCGGAGGAGCAAAAGGAGUACGAGGCCAUGAAGCUGGUCAGCAUGUUCAACAAACUGUCCAGGGGAAACCUUAUCCAGCCCAUGCAGCUCAGCAUGGAUGGGACCAUGAGAGAGAUGACCCCAGAGGAUCUGAAGAAUCUCUCCCACAAUCCUUUGCUGCAGUCAGAAGAACGCCGGGAUGCUGACAGCGAUGAGGAGGACCAAUGAGUCGAUGAGCUGGCAGACGUUUAAAUACAAAGAGGCGUCUUGAUUUAGAUGGUCAGGAUUCCCCCUCCCCCAUGGUGUGUGGUGCAGAUAAAGGUUGUAGUUCUGCUGAUGGGUUUACACAGAGCCCCUCCAGCUGUAGGAGUUUCUUCUCUCCUGAAACCGGUGGGAGCUCCUGGGAGACAGGUGCUCUUUAUGGAUCAGCUGUUCCCUGGGAGGAGUCCAACCACAAACAGACCACACCUCUUUAGAAAUCACCCACGCUUCAAUCCCCGUCUCUGUCUGCCGUUAGUAUUAUCUUUGCAAGUGUUUGUGUGUUCAGGUUUCUGUUGUCGGGCCCAGCCUACGGUGAGGAACAGGACUGCAGCUCUGGAGCUGUGACAAACCGAGGACCGCUGUCUUUAGUCUUUGACGCUGAAUUACUGAUUUCUUUUUCAGAGAAAAUUCUAUGAUCAAGAUGAAUAUAUUUUUAGGAGACGUAUUCUGAUGCAGGGCUUUGUGCUAAAGCCACAUGUAAGCUAAGCUGCUUUGUAUUGUUCUUGUGCAGAUGAGAAUAAAGUUCAUGUAAGGCG